AUGACGGAAGAGUGGCUUUUCCACGGCAGCGACGGCGAACCAGGGACGGCAGGGACGGCAGGGACGGCAGUGCGUCGACGAGCAAGGGGCGGCGGCAGGAGAGAAGGCGCUCGGAAAGGAUCGGAGAAGCGUCAGCUGCUGUCGCGGGCGGACAUGGUGCAUUUUAUGGACGUGAGAGGCACGUGGGACUGGCGGGAGUGCGAGUGCUGCUUCGACCGCGCAGUGAGCUACCGCGCAGAGCGCGCGCUCGGCAUGGUCCGCCUGAAACACUUCCGUUGCGACCUUCAGAGGCAGCUGCCCGACUCCAUCCCCCUUGUCCCCCAGGAUCGACCAUCCAGCGUCAUGGUUGAGGAAUCUGCUAGAGUACCCUUGACGGAUUUGGAGCCUCUGGCGGUUUUGCCUCCCCAGCAGUUGUUUGGCUUUAAGUGUGCUGUGGCGCCCAUUCGCUGUGCCGAGGCGAUGAUUCUAGAGUGGAUGGCUGAGCCUCGUGUGGGCGUGCUCAUGGACCUGGGGAGGAUCAGAUCCCGCCUGCCUGCCAUUCUGGCCACGACAGAUGCUGUUUUCCCAAAUAGCAGCAGUGCUGCUGCUGCUGCGCCUGCUUCUAGAACAGCUUCUGGCCGUGCUGUUGCUGCUAGUGGAACGUGGGCGACUCGCUGGGCUGCCUACCGCCGUGCUGUCAGCUUCGCUGCCUUUCUUACUCUUGUAGCGAGGUGCCCGCGCGUUGUGAACCUAAAGAGGUUGUGCAUGCGUGGAGAGACCUCAGUUUAUCCGGCAAUCAUGGCGCAGCUGGGGGCGGGCAGGCAGGUGGAGAACGACUGCAUUGCUUCCGUGCUGGUGCAGGUGCUGGGGGUGAAGGAGAGAGCUGACCUAGAGGAAGGGUUUGGGUUCUUCAUGCAGCAUGUGCUGUCAGGCGGGCUGGAGGAGGCGCAUGCUUAUGAAAAGUGGAGGGGAGCCGGGGGGGUGGCGCAGGGAGAGGAGGGACGGGCGGAUGGCGAGAUGAUGGAUAGGGGUGGGGGCAUGGAAGAGGAGGAGGAGGAGGAGGAGGAGGAGGAGGAGGAGGAGGAGGAGGAGGAGGAGGAGGAGGAGGAGGAGGAGGAGGAGGAGGAGGAGGAGGAGGAGGAGGAAAAGGAGGAGGAGGAGGAGGAGGAGGAGGAAGAGGAAGAGGAGGAGGAGGAGGAGGAGGAGGAGGAGGAGGAGGAGGAGGAGGAGGAGGAGGAGGAGGAGGAGGAGGAGGAGGAGGAGGACGAGGAGGAGGAGGAGGAGGAGGAGGAGGAGGAGGAGGAGGAGGAGGAGGAGGAGGAGGACGAGGAGGAGGAGGAGGAGGAGGAGGACGAGGAGGAGGAGGAGGAGGAGGAGGAGGAGGAGGAGGAGGAGGAGGAGGAGGAGGAGGAGGAGGAGGAGGAGGAGGAGGAGGAGGAGGAGGAGGAGGAGGAGGAGGAGGAGGAGGAGGAGGAGGAGGAGGGAGGAGAAGGAGGCGGAGGGCGCCCUUGCAAGGUGAAUGGUGCUCCCAAGGGCAUGUAUGUGAGUGGCGUAGGCGCCACGGAUUUCGCUCUUGCUUUUGCCACUGAGCUGUCUAAGGCAGAGAGCUGUGCUGAGGCGUGUAUGUACAUACUAGAUGGGAACAAUGCCAAUAAGGUGAGGGUGGAAGAGGCAGCAAUCCACGAGGCGAGAAGCAGGCUGAGAAGAGGGGUAGGUGGAAACGGCAGAAUAGGGCGUUCAGGAGGAACAGGCGGAGAUGGGGCAGCAGCAAACAGGAGUGGGGAAGCAGCAAACAGGAGUGGGGAAGCAGCAAACAGGAGUGGGGAAGCAGCGAACAGGGGUGGGGAAGCAGCAAACAGGGGUGGGGAAGCAGCAAACACGAGUGGGGCAGCAGCAAACACGAGUGGGGCAGCAUCGAACACAAGUCGAGCAGCAGCAAACACAAGUCGGGCAGCAGCAAACACGAUUCGGGCAGCAGAAGCAUCAGCUGAAAACCGGUCUUGUGCACGAGUGGAUGGCACCUGCGCCAGGUACAACCCUGGGCUAGUGCCCUGGGAGGAAUGGCCACAGGGCGAUGAAGCUGCUUUGAAGCUUCCAGACGAUCCCAAUGCAAGAUUCUUUCAGCUGGGUGUUUCGGAGGAGAGUGGAACAGGAGUGGAGAGAGAGCAGAGGGCAACAGAACAAGCAUCAAAGUCUGGGAGGAAGCACACGAGGCGGAAGGUGCGAGGAGCCAAGGCACCAGGCCAAGCGAGUGACGGCGGUGGGGGUCAUACAGACAGAGGGCUUGGCGGAGUGACGGAGCAAUCGGGCAUUACACAUCCAUUCAGCAUGCCUGUUAUACGGCCGCCUCCGAGAAGGAAGCUUCCCAUCGUGCGCUGCGUGGCGGAUGCAGAAUCUCUAGUGGAGGGUGUCAGCCAGGUUGCGAGUCCACCUGCCUGUACCCACUGCGUGCAGUGCUUCCGCGACUACUACCUCCUCAUCCCAUCCAUCGCCCUCAUUGCCAAGUACGCCUAUCGCCCCCUCUACGUCCUCUUCAACCGCUUCUUAUCCGUCUUCCCGCCGCACUCCUACGGGUUCCGCACGCUCGUGAAGGACAUGGGGUUGCCGCCGUUCCCCUCGGGCCCAGCUUCGCCUAUCAACCUUGCGAUUCUGCGCGGUGAGGUAGAGAAGGAGCGCGUUGCCUUUCUGCUGAUCGUGGCGCUCAAGUGGCCGGCCUCCAUUCUUGACUUGGAACAGUUUGAAGGGAAAGAGAUGUUGGAGGGGGACGGGAUUCGAGUCAAGAAGAAGGCUGCGACGGGGCGGAAGAAAGGGAAGGCUCGGAGAGGGAUGGGAAACGGAGGGGAGGAGGAGGAAGAGGAGGACGAUGGAGAGGUGUGGGAGGAGUUGGAGUCGUGGUGCUUCACAGCGCAGAGUGCUUGGCCAUCCAGCCUGCGUGUCUUGAGGGAUGUCGAUGUUGAAUCGGAGGGUUCAGGUCUGAGUGAUGUGUGCAUGGGCAGUGAGGGGCAGCAGGAGAGGAGGGUGGACAUGGAGACGAGGAUUGCUGAGAUGGUCAAAACAGGUGCGGAGAAGAUGCGCAGGAAGAGGGUGCAGCUCCGCUGGGGUGGUGCUGUGGCGAGCAGCAGCACUGGCAGGUGCAAUGAGGGAAAGGGCAAGAAGGCUGAGCUGCCACCUUACUUAAAGCCGUGGCCCGGAGGGGUCAAUCUGCUGGCAUGUCUGCGAGAGAUGCUGCUGGGGGAGCCGUGCUACCGCCCUGCCUCCCCUGCUGCCCGUCCGUCCCUACCCACCCACCUGUGUGCACCCUUGCUACCACCGAAUUCUCCUCGCUUUGUGACUUUGUGGAGGGCUCAGCUUGCCUCCCUUGAAAGCCUCUUCGCUGCUAUUGGGAAGGAGCUAGGGGCACACAGGCAGGAAGAGGAAGAUUGUUUGGCGACGGUGCUGGUGCAGGUGCUGGGGGUGAAGGGAGGAGAGGAGCUGAAAGACGGGUUUAAAGCCCAUGUGCUGCCGCUGUUGCCUGGUGGCGCGGAGGCGCACAGAGAGAGCGAGGGAGGAGCAGGGGAGGAUAGGGGAAAGGGCGGAAUAGCGGAUGAUGGGGGGAAAGGGGGGAAUGGGGGGAAGCUGGAGGCUGGGAGAAAGGCUUUCAUCAGCAGCGGUACUCCCGGGGGCAUGUUUGUGAGUGGCAUUGACGCCACUGAUUUCGCCCUUGCCGUUGCUACAAUCCUCUCCAAGCCCCAAUUCUCCGAGGAUGCUUGCCAGGUGUUCUUCACGGAUGCUAAUAACGAGUACAGAGUGAAGCUGGAGAAUUCUGCGACUGAGGCUGCCAGGAAGAAAGUAGGCAUGGGUGCAGAAAGAGAGAGGGAGGGUGGGGUUGGAAAGAGCAGUGGAGCUGAGAUUGGUGUGAAGUCCACGGCGAAGGACGGCUGGGAGGCGGUAAUCGCAACCAAUAACACGCUCGUGACUGUACUGACAUGGCGGGUGAGCUGCAUUCUCAUGUGGGUUCGAACCUAUGGCCCGAACCUGCAAUCUCCAAAGUCAUGUGCACUCCGAACCUGCGUCAAGCCAAGAGAGGAUCUCCCAGUCCUCCGCCACCCAUUCCGGGAUCUCCCGAGCAUGCUGAUCAGGUCCGGCACCAUGCCGGAGCCCUUGGUUCGGCGGGGCUUUUCUUGGGAGUGGGGAGAGUGGCCUGCUGGUGAUGAAGUUGCUUUGAAGCUUCCUGAUGACGUGCAAGCGAGGGCUCUUUUAUGA